AUGGCAUUAUGCCCGCACAUCCAGCCGGUAGAUUCCCAAUUAGAUUUGAGGUUGUGGCGUACAAAGUUGCUUAAGCGACAAAAUCGAGUGCAGCCAGAGGAGAGAGAAGUCCGCAGGCAGAGAUCGGAACCACUACUUUCUCCUGCAGCCCACUCCUUGCCAACUUUGCAGAAACACGAAUCAUAUCCCCAAUAUACAACAACCAAGAGUCGGCGUGCUAAGAUUGAGAAGACCGUCGGCCCUUUGCUUAUACGGACCGUACUUGACCGUCAACCGUCGACCUCGGCGUCGUCACCAGCUACCACCACGUCAACGGAGACAGCUCCCGUAGACACCGCGCCCCAAACAACGCGCGCAAGCCACACCCCUGCCUUUCGUUUUGGUCCUCCACUCAGCUGCAACUUCUGUUGGAACACCGUUGACGAAUGCGGCCGCAUCCUUCGCCGCAAAACGCAAUACCACUGUCCAGAAUGUCGAACAAACUUAUGCAUCGUCCCUUGCUUCCACGAAUACCACGAUGGAACCAAUACCGAAGCUGCGAACGUCAGAUGA